UUUGUUAUUCAUUUACCAUCAAAUUUAAGUUGAAUCUUCAAUAGAUUCUUAACAAUUAUAACUAAUUGUUUAACUUAAUUGCUGUCGGAAAAUACGUUUAGUUGACCUUAGAGCGAUUUAUUUGAUUUACAAUCAAAUUAAAUCAGGCCGGUUGAGGCUUUUAUUGUAAUCACUUCGUCCUCAUCUAAUUGUUGGUGUUAAAUCAAUUGAAUUUGCCUCGAUUGUCAAUUGAUUUAAAUUAAUCAUCAUAAAUGAUUUUAAUUGCAAUUGAAAAGUUAACCUUUGUUAGGUUAAAUCAUUGAAGCUAAUCGGUCAAAGUGUAAAAAACAUUUCAAUGUAAUUAACAAUAGUUAAAGGCCCGAACAAUUAGAAAACAUUUUUAACAAUUAAGUUGAUUUGUGAUUUACAUUUGAUCUUUGAACUAUUUGAUUUGGACAAUUAGAUUCAAAUGCAAAGUGGGGAGGAAGAGUUAAAAACUUUUUAAUUGUUACGUUUAAUUGCUGAUUGAGUGAGACAGCUAAUCAGUAUAAAAAUGAGUUGUAAAUACACAGACCACAAUUAGUUGACGAUCAACGUUAAUCACGACAAGAUAAGUGAUAAUCAAGUCUCAGAAUCACCAAAAGAAAGUGUCAAGUGAAUUAAACAAACUCAUUUCUUAAUCUAAUCUAAGUUAAUCCAACAAGUGACCAAAAAUCAUGAAAUCUUUAUUGCUGAUUAGUUUAAUUGUGUUUAAUUUGGCAUUUGUAGUAAUUGGUCAUCAUCAUCAUUGUGGUUGUGAUAAACAUAAAUGUUGUAAAAAGGAGGUUCAUCAUCACCAUGACCAUGAAGGCCACAAAGUUCAUCACAAGCACGGCCACGGCCAUGGACACAAACACUCACAUAGUCAUGCUAAUCAUCAUCAUCAUCAUCACACCGGAGGUGGACAUGAACACAGUCACACUGGUCACUCAAGUCCAGGUCAUACUGGUCACACUUACACUACAACUCAAAACAAUAAAGGUUUAGGUGGACAAAGAGGAUCAAAUCUUCAGGGAAAUUUGGUCAGUAAUUUGAUGACCAAUGGUCGCGGUGGAGGUACAACCUACUUGUUACAACGAGGCCAAGGAGUUCAAGGAAGUAACAAUUUAUAUCAAACUGUCCAAUCGGGAGUACAAAACAAUCAACAAGCAACUCGAACUUACGUCUUACAACAACCUGGAUUAGCGGAAAUGGCUAAACAAGGACAAUUAGCUGGUAUUCUUAACGGUAAUCGAGUGAUUAUCGUCUAAUUGUUUGCUAAUUGAUUAAAACAAUUGACCUUUUGUUUGUCACCAAAAAUUACGGGCUAACGAAGUUGAAAAAAAAACAUUGGACAGUUUAAUUCAACAUCUAAUACAAAUUGGAUCAUCAAAAGUGAUAAAAUUAAUAAUUUACUGUGUAAAUUAACAAUUAACUAAUUUUAAUCUUUAUUCUCAUUUACCUUUGUAAAUCAUCAUUAUUAUUAAAUUUAAACGAACUAAUUUAUUACCUCAAA